CAGCAUUACUAACACUUCACUUUUGUUAACAUCAUACGCUUAGUGUGUUUUACUUUACGUUGGCUUCCAAAAUUUUCAUUUUUGUUCUAUUUGAAAUACAUUUAUGUGAUCAAAAUUUUUAUCUUUACGCAAGGUGUUUCUUCCUUUCUUUUGUCAGGCAGUCAGUCAUUUCUUCAUCGAAAUUUUCAUUUUUGUUCUAUUUAAAAUAUAUUUAUGUGAUUACAAUUUUUAAUUUUAUGCAAGGUGUUUCUUUCUUUCUUUUGUUAAGCAGCCAGUCAUUUCUUCGUCUCUUCUUAGAUUUUAUUACUUUGACUAUUUACAAAGAAAGAAUUGUUUGGAUUUGCUCAAGUAUAAACUGGGUAUAAUCCUUAUUUAUCAUUUUGCCUUGGCAUACUCUUGAGAAUCUGUUUGCAUUGAAUAUAUCAACGCCACAAAUGCAAUUAAUUUUCCGGAAAUAUCAUAUUUUACCUGUUAAUAAUAGCAAUUACAAAUUUGUUCAAGAUUACAUGCUACAUAGUCCUUAUUGUCAAUAUUCCAUUGUGUUUUUUUGCACUGAAUAAUUUGAUUUGCACAUCCCAUAACCAUCUUUGUGACCUAUUUAUUUUUAAUAUCUGACUUCACCAAACAUUUCAAAUUUUAAUAUAUUCAAUUUUUUCAAUACUUUAUAACAGGUUUAAUGGAAUUGGUAUCUGCUAUUGUUAAAAAAAUUAAUGUUUCAACGAAUGUUCAGCCGGAAAUUACACUACUGCGGCAGCUUCUAUCAGUUUUAGCUCGGCAAGAGAGGAUGCUUAAAAUAAAACUGAAGAGAUAUGCAACAACAGUUCGAUGUAACCAGAAGAAUGAUGAAUUGAUUGAUAUCAAAAAACGCAGAUAUCAUUAUGCCAGAUUGAAGCGGAAGGUCGUAUUAAUUCAAAAGAAAUAUGCCAAUCAGCCACAAAAGAAAAUACUCCUGCUACUACUAUUUGUGAAAUGAUUCACAAAAUUGAUGAAGUUACGACACUGCAUAAGGAGACACGUGUUCACUCAACAAAAUGGAGACCUAUGUAUCCUGCGACAUCAUACACCAAAAGACGAAGCAAAUGAAGUAUCGGUUUAUAUGUGUUCUCAAAGCAGUAGAACUAUACAAAACAAUCUUCAACAUACAGGUCAUAAUACAACAAGUUGGAAUUUUGGACCUCCUACAAACACCUGCCAAUAUUGUGGUGCCAUUUUAUGGUAUGAAGAACGGACAAAAAAAACUAAACAGACAACACGGCCAAAAUUCUCAUUUUGUUGUAUGGAAGGCCGUGUAAGACUACCGUUAAUGAGCCAACCCCCGCCCUAUCUCAAAUAUCUUUUAAGCACAGAUUCUGGACAACUUGGUAUCAGUUUUCGAAAAAAUAUCAGAGUUUAUAACUCUAUGUUCGCAUUUACAUCUAUGGGAGGCCGAGUUGACAAAAGCAUCAAUCGUUCAAAGGGCCCAUAUGUUUUCAGGAUGAGUGGUCAAAAUUAUCAUCACAUUGGCUCUCUGUUGCCGGAAAGUGGGAAAAAACCACAGUUUGCCCAGCUCUAUAUAUAUGAUACUGAAAAUGAGAUACAUAACAGAAUGAAUAGUCUGCUCCAUGAAGAAGUUGAUCCUAAAAUUGUUCAGGGCUUAUCUGAAAUGCUGGACGAGCAUAAUAUUUUGGCAAAAACAUUUCGAAUGGCAAGGGAUAGAUAUAAACAACAUCCUGAAUCUGUUUUUCGUCUACGACUACUAUCCGAUAGGAUAAGAGAUGGCCGACAAUACAAUAUACCCACAGCUUCUGAAGUUGCAGGACUAAUAAUUGGUGAUCUUACUGAUGAAAAUUUCCAGCGAGAUGUUAUAGUAGAACAUCGGAAAAACGGACUUCAAAGAAUCACAGAUUUACACCCAAGUUUCAUGUCUAUGACUUACCCAUUAAUACACCCAUAUGGUGAAGAUGGAUAUAGGCUUGGAAUUCUUUUGACAGAUGUAAUCAAAAAAACUUUCGCGAGAGAAAAAUUGACAAUGAGACAGUUCUACUGCUUCAGGAUACAACAAAGACUUAACGAAGCGCACAGUUCUUCUACAAGCUGGUAGACUAUUGCAGCAAUACAUUGUGGAUGGUUACAUGGCAAUUGAAGAAGAAAGAUUUCGUUAUAUUCGGAACAAUCAAAAAAAACUCAGGGCUGAUAUAUUUUCUGGAUUGAUGGAUGCUAUUGUCCGAGGUGAUUCUGAUUGUUCAAUGAUAGAGAAAACCAUUAUCUUGCCUUCUUCACACACUGGGGGACCUCGAUAUAGGGUGCAAAAUUAUCAAGAUGCAAUGGCAAUUUGUAGGUGGGCGGGAUAUCCGGAUUUGUUCCUUACUUUCACUUGCAACCCAAAGUGGCCAGAAAUAAAUGAAAUGCUCCGUUUAAUUGGACAAGAGAGUGAUGACAACCGGGUUGAUAUCAUAUGCAGAGUUUUCCAAAUAAAAUUGUUCCAGCUAAUGCAAGAUCUGAAAAAGAAUCAGCCUUUUGGAAAAAUAAUUGCAUGUAAGUUAACUCAUUCUGUACAUAAUGCACACAUUACUAAUAACAUAAAUAUGCAUGAAAGAAGUGUUAGUAACAGGUCUUUUGAAUGUUAGUAAUUCUCAUUGUUAUGAAAACUAUAAUUUCUUAGUUUAUCCUAAAGGCUUUAUGCUUUAAGAAGUUCGUCAUAAUCCAACUUAGUCGUACAUAAUUUCAAUAUACAUGCCAUUCACAUCAAUGUGCUUAUCUGACUUUUGGUAACAAUAUAAUGCAUCAUGCAUAUAUGUGGGAUAGUAAAGGAUCUUGAAAAACUAAGCAACAAAAAUAUAUUGAACUGUUAACGAUGCUAUUUGAUGCUAUUUUCACUAAAUUUAAUUAGACGAUUUUACAUAAUUCUAUUAUGAAAUGUAUUUAUAUGCAUGUAUAGAAGUUCUCUUAGACUUAUAUUUGAAAACUUCAAAAGAAAGACAUAGAUGGUAAGUCCAAGCCAAAAAAACAAAAGAAUAACUACUUAGUUAGAAGGAAGUUACAUAGCUCUUAAGGAGCGAUGAUUUUCGCAGGUACAUAAUCGAAUUGGCGUGCACACAACUAUGCCAAUUAUCCCAGUCUGAAUAGCAACCCUAGCUACAGAUCCAAGCUUCAAAAAUAAUUUCA